GACAUCGUGAGGAAAAAAGGCUCGAAGGCCAGCUCGAAGAUGAUUGAUCACUUAGAAAAAAAUGAUCCGUCUCUUUUCUCUGAACUGGGUCUGUCCGGUGCUCAUCAGCCACAGAAAAAUGUACAUCCACAGAGCGAUGAGGUGACAACAUCUGUCCUCACCAUCCAGGAUUUCUGGAAGACGAAACAAAAUGAUCCAGAGGUUUAUCCUGUGACCAAAGAUACUUACAAGAAUCGUGUUGCUCUGAUGAUCACAAAUAAAACGUUUUUGAAUGAGAAAAUGAACCGGAGUGGAGCUGAAAAAGACGAGGAGAACAUGGAGAGACUGCUUUCAAACCUGGGGUAUAAAGUGGAGAAGCACACAAACCUCACUGGAAAGGACAUUAAUGAAGCUUUCAUUAGCUUCUCCAAACAGCAAAAACUAAAGCAGACGGACAGUGUGAUCGUCGUUCUCAUGUCUCACGGGAAGCUGGGAGCUGUUCUCGGUGUUGACGAAUACGAGUUUCCUGUCAACAACAUUUAUGAACACUUGGGUUCAGAAAAAUGUCCAGCAUUGUUGGAUAAACCCAAAAUCAUCAUCAUCCAGGCCUGCAGAGGAGCUCAAAAGGGAUCUGUGCUCGUCAGUGAUGGUGAAAGCCAAGCUGGAGGGUUCCAAUCUCCUGCUGCUGCAGAAGAUUUACUGGAGGACAGUUGGAGAUAUGUGCACAAAGAGAAAGAUUUCAUUUCACUUCUUUCCUGCACUCCUGAUACUGUGUCCUACAGGCAACCAGAUGACGGGUCGAUCCUCAUCCAGUAUAUUGAUAAAAUAUUCAGCAGUGAUGCAAAUACUCAGCACAUCCAGGAGCUCUUCAGAAAAGUAAGAUGUUACAAUCAACACUGCUUUAAACUGGACAUUUUGUUAGUUAUAAAAAGUGCACGUAAAUGAAAAUAUGCAUUAAUGCAACGACGUGGCAGCAGCUCUGGAUCUAUAAGGUCUUUGGUCAAGUAUCAGAGCAGAGAAACAAGGGAUUUAGGUCAGUUUAAAGGUAUAUCAAAUCUGCGAUUAAGUAUAGGUAUAAUGUUUUUUUUUUUAUUGUUUCAUCAGUAGAAUAUUAAUUUUUUGAGAACAAAAACUCAUUUCU